AUGUGCGAAGACACCGGCAAAGGUAUUGGCAAAACAACAUGUGAACAUGAAGGACCCAGAAAUCUGAUUUUCAAAUAUAAAGAUAUUAGUGAACCGAUUGUUGAAUGCGAAGAUAUUAGCAAACUGAUUAUCGAAUACGAAAGUACUGGCAAACUGAUUGUCAAAUGCGAAAAUAUUGAAGAAACGAUUUUUGAAUACGAAAGCACAGGCAAAAUACUGUUUGAAUAUGAAAGUACUUUUGAUGCAACUUUCAUGUGUGAAGGUACAGAUGAAGUGUUUUAUAAAGGUAUUGCCGAUGCAAGUUUUAAAUCUGAAAAUACCAGCAAGACAACGUUCGAAUAUACAGAUAUGGUUAGAUCUUUUGA